ACAACGCCUCUGUCCUUUAUAACUUAAUAAAUACUAGAACGAAAUGGAAGCUAACAAAGAGGCUGCCUUCUUACUUUAUCAAAAAGCUCUUGAACAUUUUAAAGAAAAGAAUUAUGAAACUACACUUCGCUGUUUGCUUAAGUCAGUAAAACUUUAUCCUGUUGCCGAGGCUGUUGAACUUUUAAGCAAAACAAAGCUAAUAGUUGGGAAUACAGAAAAGGAAACAACUUUACCAACCGCAGGGAAAGAAGAAGCAAUUUCUACUAAAGACAAAGAAGCUAUACUACAAAUUAGAAGGUGCAAAAGUCAUUACGAAGUUCUAGGGGUCUCUAAAAGUGCUACUGAUAUAGAAAUUAAAAAAGCUUACAGAAAACUAGCUCUUCGUUUCCAUCCUGAUAAGAAUCGCGCUCCCGGGGCUGACGAGGCUUUUAAAAAAAUAGGCAUAUUGCUUUCUCUACACUUAUACUACGCUAGUUUUAGUAAAAGCAGUGCUAUCUAA